AUGCGUUUAGGCGAUGACCCUGUCAGAUGCAACCCCGAGGACUACGUCACACCUCCCUCCAAGAACCGCAAGGACCUCGAGGUUCAGCUCGCCUUGUCCUUGAUCCUCGGCGUCUCCGCCUUUGUCGCCUUUUGUAUCCUGCGUCCCCGAUGGCCCUCCCUCUACGCCGCCCGCAAGCGUCGCCUCCCCGCCAACGUCGGCCUGCCCUCGCUGCCCGACUCCUUCUUCGGAUGGAUCCCGAGCCUGUACAGGAUCAGCGAGGACCAGGUCCUGGCCUCGGCCGGCCUUGACGCCUUCGUCUUCUUGACCUUUUUCCGAAUGGCCGUCCGCCUCUUCGCGAGCAUGGCCUUCUUCGCCAUGGCCGUCCUCUGGCCCAUCAACGCCCACUACCGCCACUUCCAACCGGUCCUCGGCAACGACACCACGACGGCCGCCGACGCAUCCCGCCGGACCAUGGCCGCCUAUCCACCUCGACACGGCGACCUCCUGGAUGCCGAUCCCCUGAAGGGAGGCCGCGGGGACGAGAGCGGCGAAAAGAGCUUUCUGUGGGCAUACGUUGUCUUCACCUACUUCUUCGUCGCCCUGACCCUCUACUCCGUCAACUGGGAGACGUUUCGCAUCAUCCGCUUCCGCCAGGACUACCUCGGCACCCAGUGCACCGUCACGGACCGCACCUUUCGCCUGACGGGCAUCCCCCUCCACCUGCGGUCCGAGGAAAAGCUCAAGACGCUCAUCGACGGGCUCGACAUCGGCCUCGUCGAGUCCAUCACCCUGUGCCGCAACUGGAAAUCCCUCGACGACCUGAUGCAGCUGCGAGACCAGAUUCUUCGAAAGCUCGAGCUGUCCUGGGCCAGGUAUCUGACGCGCCGCCAUCCUUUGCCGACGCCCCGGAUGGGUCAUGGCGUGACGGGCGAGCGGCCCUACGACGACGACGACGACGACGAGCGGUCCGACGAAAACGCACGCCUCCUCGAGAGCCAGCCCCAUCAGCCGCACGUCGCCGAGGGCGACCGUCCCGAGGUCAAGAUCCGCUUCGGAUUCUGCCGCCUCCGCAGCCGCAAGGUCGAUGCCAUCGACUACUACGAGGAGAAGCUCCGGCGCGUCGACCAGAGGGUGGCGGCGGCCCGCAGGAAGCAGUAUCCCGCCACCGACAUGGCCCUCGUCACCAUGGACUCGGUCGCGUCCUGCCAGAUGGUCAUCCAGGCCCGCAUCGACCCGAGGCCCGGCCAGCUCCUGACAAAGUCGACGCCCUCGCCCUCGGACCUCGUCUGGAAGAACACGUACGCCAUGCGGGGCAUCCGGAGGCUCAAGUCGUGGGCCAUCACCUUGUUCAUCACCAUCCUGACCCUCAUCUGGAUCUUCCCGACGGCCUUCAUCGCCUCGUGGCUGAGCAUCUGCACCAUCAAGCGCGUCAUGCCCGCCCUGUUCCGCUGGCUCGUCGACCACCCCAUCCUCAACUCGCUCUUCCAGAACGGCGGUCCCACCUUGGUCGUCUCCCUGCUCAACGUCGCCGUCCCCUACCUCUACCACUGGCUCUCCAACAACCAGGGCAUGAUCUCGCAGGGCGACGUCGAGCUCUCCGUCAUCUCCAAGAACUUCUUCUUCACCUUCUUCAACACCUUCUUCGUCUUCGCCGUCUCCCGCACCGGCUUCGACUUCUGGAGCGUCCUCCGCGACUUUCUCAAGGACACGAGCCGCAUCCCCGCCGUCAUCGCCGCCGACGUGGAGAACCUCUCCAUCUUCUACAUCAGUCUCAUCAUGCUCCAGGGCAUCGGCCUCAUGCCCUUCCGCAUCCUCGAGGUCGGCAGCCUCAUCCUCGCGCCCGUGUACCGCAUGGCCUCGUCGACGCCCCGCCAGUUCGCCGAGCUCCAGAGGCCGCCCGUCUUCCAGUACGGCUUCUACCUGCCGACGGCCCUCCUCGUCUUCAACCUCUGCAUCAUCUACAGCGUCCUCAUGUGGGGCUUCGUCAUCCUCGUCUUCGGAACCGUCUACUUCGCGCUCGGCUACUUCACCUUCAAGUACAUGGUCCUCUACGCCAUGGAUCAGCCCCAGCACGCCACCGGCGGUGCGUGGCGCAUAAUCUGCUACCGCAUCGUCAUCGGCCUGCUCGUCUUCGAGGUCGUCAUGGUCGGGCAGAUCGCCUCGCUCGCCGCCUUUGUCCAGUCGGUGGCCAUCCUCCCGCUGAUCCCCUUCACUAUCUGGUACAGCUACUACUUCAACCAACGCUUCGAGCCCCUGACCAAGUACAUUGCCUUGCGGGCCAUCAAGUCGGGCCAGGGACGCGCCGACGAGCAGGCCGUCGACGAUGCCUUUGACGACGAUGCUUUCGACGACGACGGGCUGGGGCCGAGGCAGUCGCAGGCGCUGAUGCGGAGGAGGAGCACGUUGGACGAGCUGAAGGAGGAGGGCUUGAAGUUUGUGAACCCGAGCCUCGUCGUGCCCCUCCAGCAGCCGUGGAUCUACAAGGAACAACCGCCGCCGCUGCCGACCGACGACACGGAAACCGACGGGGACGAAUGGUCUCAGGGUCCGCCGGCCAUGAUACUCCCUAAUGCGGACAGCUCACUUGGCAUUGGCGAGAAUAAUGUGUGGAGGGACAUGGGCCGGAAUGACUGA